AUUGGAAAAUAGUAGAAAGUGUAUUCGGUAUUUUUAGGCUGUAAAUCGCAAAGAAUUGUUUAUUUCUAUUAAUUAAUGUUAUGUGGUUCUAAUAAUAAAUAUUUUUAAAGUAAAUAAAUAAUUAUAAAACAAACAUUUUGUUUGAAAGUGCAUUUGAAACGAGUGUUGAAAUAUAGUUGCAAAAUAUGACAUUCUGUAUUUGUUUACGCCAGAUUUUAUUUAUUUUUGCAUCAUUAAAUGUCUUAUAUUUAAGUGUAUUUAUUGCAGAAUGUGAAUGCAAAACCGAACAAACCCAAGGUCUGGUAAACAUCCCUGUGGGUGAAAACUUCACUAUCAAGUGCUUUUCAAGUGACAAAAAUUCGACAUGGAAGUUCAAUGAAAAAAUCUUUGAUUUAAAUACCAGAUCAUCCGUAUCCACUGAGAGAAAUGAUAAUAACACAAAUGAGAUAUCUGAAAGACAAGAACUAUAUCAGAUAACGUUAUUUAUAUCAAAUAUACAAAUUUCGGAUGAAGGCUUGUAUACUUGCGAAUCCAUCGAAACUGGCUUAAUAACAAAAAUAUUCAUUCAGCCAUAUUUAAUACCACAAAUCAGAAAAGUAAAUGGGCUCAAAGUGAAACAAAAAAUUGGAAAUCCGGUAAAAUUUUUUUGUGUUAUUGAAAUCUAUCCUCAAAACGUGACAUUACAAAAACAACUUAAAUGGUUAAAAGAUGAAAAUGUAUUUGAUUUUCUCGAUCAAUCUUCAAAUAUACAAAAAAUAAACGUAACUCAUGUCAAUUUUACUCUAGAAUUAACAGAGGUAUAUAAAAAGGAAAAUGGCUCUUACGCAUGUGUUAUUUAUGCGUCAAAUGGUGAAGAAAUAACGAGGAAAAAUAUUGCUUUACUGGUAAUGGAUGAGCCCAAAGUAAACAUUGAAUAUGUUAAAGCAGUAGGAGCUGAUAAAAUUUAUUUAAAUUGGACCGUUAAUAAUGGAAAUGAUCCAGUUCAGAAAUAUUUCAUUCAAUACUUACAAGAAGGAAAUCCUGAACUUAGAUAUUACAAAGACAUAAUUGGUGGUGGUAAUACAUCGUAUGUUCUAGAAAAUUUUUUUCCCAACACGAGUUACAUUUUACGAAUAUCAGCUAAGAAUAGUAUUGGUAAUGGAGACGCUUUUCAAUAUCCAUUUCCAGUAAGAACAUUAGAAAGGGACCCCAUUUUUAUACCAAAGGUAAAAACUACAGGAAGUACCGCAUCCACAAUAACUAUCGGAUGGGAUCCUCCACCUUUAGACUUAAUACCAUAUGUGCAGUACUAUGAGCUUGUGGUAUCGGAGGCUGGUGAUGUUCCAAAAAUAGUUGAAGAAGCUGUAUAUCAGCAGAAUUCUAGGAAUCUUCCAUACAUGUUCGAUAAUUUAAAAACUGCAACGGAAUACGAGUUUAAAGUCCGAGCCUGCUGUGAUUUAACAAAGUUAUGUGGCCCUUGGUCAGACAUCGUUAACGGGACUACAAUGGAUGGUAUUGCUUCAAAACCAACAAAUCUAAAGGUCUUAUGCAUUAAUAAUAAUGUGUCAAAGAUAAACACAGUAGAUAUUGCUUGGAUGCAUCCGGAAAAACCAAACGGAAAAGUAAUUUCCUAUCAAAUACAAUUGGAGGGAGUUGCUACUUACAAAUUAAAUGGAAAAACUCAUAAUGAGACUUGGGGUCCAAAAAUAAGACGAAUUGAUGAGCCUAAUUAUCACACCACGUAUGAUGGUGUGGUUCCAAAUACAAACUACACUGUCACAGUAUCAGCAAUAACCCGCCAUCGUAAAACAGGAGAAUCAGCUAUUGGAAAAUGUACUAUGCCAGUUUCAGUUCCUGAAUCAAUAAGUCGUAUCAUGUGGACUAAAGUACGCAUAAACAGUGAAAAAUGUGUACUCAAGGCAUUUAUACCUAGAGUUAGUGAAAGAAAUGGGCCAAUUUGCUGUUAUAGAUUAUAUUUAAUACGAAUGAAAAAUAAUAAUGCAGAACUGCCGCCACCAAGUAAACUUAAUAUCUCUAAUUAUCAUGAAGUACAUGGUACAAACAAUACCAUGGGAGGUGUGUACCUUGCCGAAAUGUUUUCAGGUAACAAUUUUAAAUCUGAAAUAUUUCUUGGCGAUGGAAAGCGUUAUUUUGAACACGAUGGAUUAAAAGCAGAUGAUAUGGAUAAGGAUUGUAAUCAAUGUGUUGAUGAAAGACUUUAUUCAGAGACAACUCUAUUAAAUCUUCCAGCAUUUAAUACAAUUUCAUUAAACUAUUCUGUAGCAAAUGACAACGAUGGAAACAUGGGUAACUUUAAAGUACUAAACGGAAAUGGCGAAAAUUACGGAAGCACAGCAUCAAACGAAAUAGUAGGAUAUAAGGGCGCAUAUGACGUAUAUGAUGGUGAAAUUGAUAUGAACAGCAACUAUACUGGAUAUCUGGAAGUUAUAGUACGAAAUGAAACUUCAGUUUUAAGAGCGUACAGUAACUAUUUUGAAGUUAUUACACCUGGCAUUUCAGAGGAACAAUUGUUUAUCCAAGACGAUGUAGCUGCAAUAUUAAAUAUAGUAAUUCUGUUUCUGGCGAUUUUAAUUGGAAUCGUAUUGGUGUUCUCAUUGAUAUUAUGUUUUGUUUACCGGGUGAAUACUAAAAAUACUGGAAGCACAGAGGAAGUUAUUAGUUUAAGAGAUUCUUUAAGCCGGGUGCUUUUUGGCGGUAGAUCAAAUAACCACAGGCAUUUUAUUGGAACUGCUAAUGGAAAAGUUGCUGACAUUGGACCUAUACAUAAAUCAGAUUUAUAUAUGGCAUAUAAAAAUCGACACAAAGAUACGGAUUAUGGAUUUUUACGAGAGUACGAAAUGUUACCAAAUCGUUUUAGUGAUAGAACUACGAAAAAUUCGGACUUAAAAGAAAAUGGGCCUAAAAAUCGAUAUCCUGAUAUUAAAGCUUACGAUCAAACAAGAGUAAAACUAUCGCAAAUAAAUGGCAUUAAUGGAUCUGAUUACAUUAAUGCUAAUUUUGUAAUUGGUUAUAAAGAAAGAAAAAAGUUCAUUUGUGCACAAGGACCCAUGGACUCCACCAUAAAUGAUUUUUGGCGAAUGAUAUGGGAACAACACUUAGAAAUUAUUGUAAUGUUAACUAAUCUUGAGGAAUAUAAUAAAACAAAAUGUUCAAAAUAUUGGCCUGAAAAAAUUAUGGAUGUGAAACAAUAUGGAGAUAUUACUGUCAAAUUUGUUUCAGAAAAAAAGAAUGGUGAUUAUUUAGUCAGAUCCUUGGACAUAUUUAAGAGAAAUUCUGUAAAUGAGGAGGAAGAAGAAAGCAGGCAGAUUACACAAUAUCAUUAUUUAGUUUGGAAAGAUUUUAUGGCACCUGAACACCCACAAGCAUUAAUAAAGUUUAUUCGCCAUAUAAAUGCAGUGUAUUCAGUACAGCGCGGUCCAAUAUUAGUUCAUUGCAGUGCUGGCGUAGGGCGAACUGGUACAUUGGUAGCAUUAGACUCUUUAUUACAGCAGUUAGAAGAAGAGUCACAAGUUUCAAUUUUUAAUACUGUUUGUGACCUACGUCAUCAACGAAAUUUCCUUGUACAGUCUUUGAAACAAUACAUAUUUUUGUAUCGAGCUUUACUUGAUACAGCACAUUUAGGCAUUACCGAAAUAAGUGCUGUUGGUUUGUCAAGUGCGAUUGAAAAUCUAAAAUCAAAAGCUGAAGACGGAAGAGAAAAAUGCAAAUUGGAAAUAGAGUUUGAAAAACUGCAGACCAUAAACGACGAAACUAACAAAUCAUGUUCUGUGGGUAGUAGCGAACACAAUUUAUUAAAAAAUAGAAGUGAGCUGGUUAUUCCUUAUGAUCGGAACCGGGUUAUCUUGUCACCACUUCCACAUAAGGAAAAUUCAACUUAUAUAAACGCGUCUUUUAUUGAAGGAUAUGAUAACUCCGAAAACUUUAUUAUCACUCAAGAUCCGUUAGAAAAUACAAUAGAAGAUUUCUGGAGAAUGGUAUCGGAGCAAAGCAUUACUACUAUAGUUAUGUUAUCUGAGUUUUUCGCUCUCUUGCUGUAG